UAGCCGUCAGAUACAGUGGCAAUUACUUGUAGGUGCCUUUUUUAGAGAGGAAAAAGAUCUUUUCAUCAUAGAAUUCAUCAAACCCUUAAAACGGUUCAGGUACACACAUCCACACACCGACGCACACACGUAGUGAAAAAAUUGAGUUUUUCCCCUAAAACAUAAUCUGGGCUCUCUUGAUUAUGGCUGGAAGGAGAAGAAAGAAAUUUAAAUUAUUAGCUGAAACAAUCGAGGACGGUACAAGAGCUUCAGCUGGACAGCCAGAUGAGCAGGAGACGCAUUUUGAGCUUCCAACAGAGAUUUUGGAACUGAUUAUUUCUCAUUUAACAUUUAGAGAUAAUAUCUGUGCUUCCGCUGUUUGUAGACGAUGGCACUCUGUUGCAAUUUCUGUCAGAAAGGUCAAUAAACCUCCUUGGCUUAUGUUUUUCCCAAAAGUUGGUGACCUGUAUGAAUUCUACGACCCUUCUCGGCGAAAAACUUAUUGGCUUGAAUUACCAAAGUUACGUGGCUCUAGGCUUUGUUACGCUAAGUAUGGCUGGUUGCUGCUGUAUAAGCCCAGAACUCAGCGCAUGUUCUUCUAUUGUCCUUAUACACGGGAAAAGAUCAAAUUACCUAGACGAGAAUUUGGAUACCAAAUUGUUGCUUUUUCUGCCGCUCCAACGUCUCCUAGCUGCAUUCUCUUUACAGUAAAGCAUGUGAGCCCAACUCUUGUUGCCAUUAGCACUUGUCAUCCUGGAGCAAAUGAAUGGACUACGGUUAAUUACCAAAACCGUCUGCCAUUUGUCAGCAGCAUUUGGAACAAACUGGUUUUCUGCAAUGGUCUAUUUUAUUGUUUGAGUCUUACUGGUUGGUUGGGGGUUUAUAACCCUAAUGAAUGUACUUGGGAUGUUCUUUCCGUUCAUCCACCCAGAUGCCCUGAGAGUUUUUUCGUCAAAAAUUGGUGGAAAGGAAAAUUUAUCGCUGAGCAUAAUGGUGAUAUUUUUGCAAUAUACACUUGUUCUGCUUUAAUCCCAGUGGUAUAUAAGUUAGACCAAACAAAUAAAGUAUGGACAGAGAUGGAAACUUUAGAAGGCUCGACGUUGUUUGCAAGUUUCUUGUCAUCCCAAGCAAGGAUGGAUCUGAAUGGAAUGAUGAGAAACAAUGUUUAUUUCUCUAAAGUUCGAUAUUAUGGAAAACGCUGUGUGUCUUACUCUCUUGACAGUGGUAGAUAUCAUCCCCGAAAUCAGUGCUAUGAUUGGGGAGAACAAGAUCCAUAUGAGAGCAUAUGGAUUGAAGCCCCUGAAGAUCUAUCAACCUUUCUUUAAAAGAGACAGAAAUCGGUAAUGUCAUUUAGCAAAUAUUUAUGACUUAUAUGUUGGUUUGAAAUUUGCUUGUUACAGUUAUAUGGUCGACUGUCAGCAGUAGCUGUUUUGGCAAUAUAGCCUGUCUUGGUGUAGAUUACUUUUGUCUACUUAUUUUUAAGGAUGGUGUAAGUACCUGUAGACAUGCCUUACUACUUCGACUUGGAGGCUUAUGCUAUCAUAUUUCAUUAAAGAUCUGAUCUAAUUAAUGUUGCUGCACUGGAGUUUUGUUC